CGAUUGCAAAAACGUUGACACCUUGAAAGCAUAAACCGUGAACGAUGAGACCCGAUGGAUUUGUGGGUAGUGUUUAAACAAUAACCUCAUUUCCAUCAUGAUAAUCAAUAAUUUACUAUUCUUAUUCUUUGCAAUAAAAAAUACAUUGCUGGAAAAAAAAGUAUGCCCAAAGCAUACUCGGACGAUUUACGUUUAAGAGCUGUAUGGCUUCAUGUGUUCCUUGGUUAUAACAUUGAGGAUACAUCCGGUAUGCUGGCAAUGUCACCAAGCUCGGUAAAGAGAUUCAAAAAAAAAUUUGUGUGCACGGGUGAAGUUGUGGCCAAGAAAACUGGAAGACCUUUGGAUCUGAUUGGAAUGCACCUGCGUGAGGAGCUCGUGAUGAUGGAAGCUAUGCUAGAGCACCCAGAGAAGACACUGACUGAGAUUGUAAGAGAAAUUAUGACUGUAUUCGGAAACCGUUUUCAAGUGUCGACGGUUUGCCGAUACUUUCAAAGAAACGGCGUUACAAGAAAACGGCUUAAGAAAGUUGCUCGACAACAAAGCGAAUUGGCGAACAUCAAUUUCGUGUGGAUACUUGUCUCCUACAUGCAGAGAUGUUUGUCUUUCUUGAUGAAAGUGGAUUUUGAAGAAGUGUUUGUCUAUAAAACUGUUGAAAGGAAAUGUAAAGUUGCUAAAGCAGCCUAUCUUGAUCCAAAUGAUGAUGAAGAUGCAACAACAAAUGGAGAUGUCUUUCUUCAGUUUGUUAAUGAGAAGCUUGUCCCGAACCUUCUGCCUUUUAACGGUGCGAAUCCUCGCUCCGUAGUUAUAAUGGAUAAUGCAGCCAUACAUCAUUCACAACGUGUUGUUGAUGCAAUAAACGCUUCCGGUGCACUCCUUAUUUUUCUUCCACCUUACAGUCCGAAUCUGAUGCCUUGUGAAGGAGUGAUCGCACUGGCAAAGAGCUGGAUACGAGAAAACGACCUGGUUUGGGAGCAGUGUGAUGAACCAGAGAACAUGGUUUUUGAAGCCUUUAUGCAAAUAGCUGAUGAAGACAUUACAAACUACAUUCGUCAUUCUGAAUACCUUUAAUUACAUGUACAUCUAUGAAAGGUGGUUUUACAAGAAAUAACAGAAGAGUACGGCACGACACGCUGCCCAUUAUUAUCACAUUAAUUUUUUUAAAAUUUUAUUUUCUACGCGGCUUCACAAGUUUCCUGUAUUCGCGUUUCCCUUUAUUCGAAAUAAUCAAUCAGAAUAAUUUAGUCGAUUUUAUUUAGCUCAUUAACUAAUUUUGCGCGUUCUUUGUCGAAUUGAUCUCUUGUAAUGAUUUCUUUAUCAAACAGAUCCUUCAGUUGUGCAAUCUGGUUAUAGAUCAUACUUCGUAAACGUAGCUGUGGAAAAUGAAGAAAAAUAAAUUACAUCAGUAAGGAGUGCAAUUUUCUCUUGCUAAGUAGAGGUGACGAGUGUGCUUUCAAAAUUUAUGGAUCUCGAGCGCAAUAUUUAAAAGAAAACACGCCGGUUUCAGAGUUUUGUUGUUG